UCCCACUCCCAAAAACUGUGAAAGACGCAGCGCUGCCACCAGCGCUGCUAAACUGCGUCUCGUAUCUAACGUUCUGCCUACGUGACGAAGCACAGGGCAUUCCAAAGAUGCUCCCUCAGAGCUGCGCACCACGAAACCGCGUUUGAGGUGGCGGCGAACCGGAUGCCUUUGGCGGGCAGAAGAUGUGUCAUGGGAAGCAGGCGAGCGGCGGCGGUGCCCUCCCGGCGGCUCGGCGGCGGGCGCUGGCCGCUGCGCUGUGGCUGCAGCUGGCGCUGAGCCUCGGCCCGGGGCUGGCGGCGGGCGGGUUUGAUGACCUGCAAGCGUGUGCUGAUCCUGGAGCUCCUGAACAUGGCUACAAGACGCCCAGCGCUGGUGUUUUCUUUGAAAGCGUGGUGGUCCGGUUCCAUUGCCAAGAAGGAUACAGGCUCAAUGGUACUUCCAAAAAACUUUGUGUGAGACACUUUAAUGGCUCCCUGAGCUGGAAACCCAGUGAUAAACCUGUGUGCCUACAAGAAGUCACAGAUUGCCUUGUUCCACAUGUUGAAGAUGCAGAGGUUCAUAACAAGACAUACAGGACUGGCGAUAAGUUAAUAAUCAGCUGUCAUGAAGGAUUCCAGAUCCGUUACCCUGACUUAGACAACAUGGUUUCCAUAUGUCAAGACGAUGGAACAUGGGAUAAUCUACCCAUAUGUCAAGGUUGCCUGAGGCCGUUGGUUCUUCCUCAUAGUUACAUUAACAUAUCUGAGUUCGGGGCCUCCUUCCCCGUAGGAACAGUGGUGUACUAUCAGUGCUUUCCUGGAUAUAAACUAGAAGGGGCAGAGAUCCUUGAGUGCAUGUAUAACCUUAUCUGGUCAGAUAGCCCACCUAGGUGCCUUGAUGUGGAAGUCUGUCCACUACCUCCAAUGGUGAGUCAUGGAGACUACAUCUGCCACCCGCGGCCUUGUGAGCGCUACAACCACGGGACGGUGGUGGAGUUCUACUGUGACCCUGGUUACACCCUCACCAACGACUACAAGUACAUCACCUGCCAGUAUGGAGAGUGGUUCCCCUCCUACCAGGUGUACUGUGUCAAAACAGAACAAACCUGGCCAAAUACACAGGAGACCCUCCUGACUACAUGGAAAAUAGUGGCAUUUACUGCUACCAGUGUUUUAUUAGUACUGCUACUGGUUAUUUUAGCCAGGAUGUUCCAGACCAAAUUUAAGACGCAUUUCCUUCCACGAGGCAACCAGGAGGGCUCCAUGGGCGACCCCGACUUCGUGGUGGUGGAUGGUGUUCCUGUCAUGCUGCCUUCCUACGAUGAAGCUGUCAGCAGCGGCUUGAGUGCCCUGGCACCCGGAUACUCAGCUGCCGCAGACCAGGGGCAUAUUUUGCAGACAGAAGAUCAGAAUCCUCCUGCUUACCCUGGUCCCAGGAUUCCAGACACGCAGCCCAGUGAAUUUGAGACCUGUGACAGUAGGUCGGGUUCCUCUGAACUGCUCCAAAGUUUGUACCCAUCCCUGACAUGCCAAGCAGCAGCGCUUCCUGGCUCAGAUCGAACUGACGUACCCCACAGCACUGAUGGGGACGCUGCAUCCACGAGUCCCCGGAUCGAUAUCACAGAUGAGAUUCCUUUGAUGGAAGAAGACCCUUAGCCUGCACUGAGUUGUGUCUUCAUCACAUUGCACUGUUGGGUGACAUGAAUCAUGAGGAUUCAGAGAUAGAAAAGACUCUCUGUGGAUUUGGGGAGGGUGUUUUCCUACUUAUCAAUCUUCCACGUGAUGAUAUCACCAGGUUGGGUGUAUGUCUUAAUCCACAGCAGGGAUAACAGCGUCGGAAUUUGGAACAGCAGCAGUUUUAUGAAUGAAUCCUGGGGAUUUGAUGAGAGCAGAUGUAGAAAAACAACUGUGGCUUUUUAGAAAUGAAAUGUGUAUCUGCAUCGCAGAAAGUCAUAUGGCUCUGUAAGAAAUGCUAUUGGAUUUUGAUACUAACUGCCUCACAAAAGCAUGUCAAAAUAUGUAAAGUUGCUUAUAAAGACUGCUUUAAAUGAUCUAUGGACCUCUAGUUUAUGAAGAAUCCUUUCAAGUUUAAAAAAUAUCCGUACAGAAACACACACAAAAAAAGAGGAAAGAUCCUCUUUGACUUUCCUAUGAUAACCAGGAAAUUUUUGAUUUAGUUGUUGGUGACUUUGCUUCAGACCAUGUCUGCAGAAAAUAUAACAGAAAUGAUUGGAUUCAUAUAUACUUUGAUGUACAAUAGCAAAUAUAUAUAAAUAUAUAUAUAUAUUUAAAAACUCUUAAAGAGAAAGAAAAGGAAAGACUCCCAGGUAACAUAACGAUCUGGAGAUUUUUUUUAAAGGUAAGGCAGAAUUUAUAUAAUAGAAAAUAUUCAAAGUAUCAAUAUUUGUAUUUAUGCAAGACUUCUGUGACUACAUUGCAUUUGAUAAAUACUACUGUAAUAUGAGAGAUCUAGAAGAUGUUAAAAUUAUGAAAUACAUGCUUAAGAAAUGUUGAACUGCUGUGCUUCAACCUUUCUUAAGCUCUUAAAUAUAUAUAUAUAUAUAUAUAUAUAUAUGCAAAUAAUCUACAGUCAUAGCCCAGAGCACUGCCUUGUCCUGUACAUUGUGGUAGUAUUCUGAGCCAUUAUUGUAGAAUACUUUUUUAAAAAAAUAAUAAAGCUGAGUUUCAGUUCUUUUGACUUAUCUGACUAUUGUGUAGUUGACCUUUUUUUCCCUUCCUCACUUCUUUCCCCAGCUCCUACCUGAAGGUAGGAGGUAGCAGAACACCCGUCCUGUGGCAUUUUCAGCUUUACAUCCAUUAUCCAGCUGGAAACUGAGAGUGUGGUUCUGGUUCAGCAGAGCACACGGAAUGGGUGCAGCAGUGGCACAGCUUCUGCAGAUGCAGUGUGGGUUUUGUUAAGGGUUUGCUCUGCUCUGCAGGCUGCGCCAGAGCAUUGUGCUAAAGCCUGCAUGAGGGGUUCACUCUGUGGUGUUGCAGGCUAUUUGCUCUUUGUCAGGAACAUUCCUGGCUGUUUCAUCUACUUACUGAAAUCUAAGCAGAUUUUCUUGUCUUAUUUUUGGUAUUGUGCAGAUGAAACAUCCUAAACUGGCAGUGUUUGGAGGAAUAACUCACUGUGCGUUAAUGACAGAGAUUGCCGUCAUGUGGGCUAAUCCAAACCAAAGGGGAAAAUAAGUCUAAGUGCUGAUUUUAUGUACAAAGUAAAUUAAUAAUAUCUCUAUUGCUGUAAAUAGAGGAUCACUACAAGCUGCCCUAUUAUUUUUUUAUGAUUGUUUAAUGAUUUAUUUGUAUUGUGGUAGCAUUUAGUGGCCCCAAUCAUGAGUCAGGCUAGUGGAAUAAUAGAUGUGCCGCAACCAUUCAAGGAAAGUGUUUAUUAGCAUCCUGUCAGCAACUGUACAUGACAGCAAGAAGCAAAAGCAGACCAAAAACUGUGGUGAGCUGAAGUAACUAUGUCAAUUAUCCUAUGGUAAGAUUGAUGAAAACACAGCGAUUGGUACUGAAAAAUAUUCAAUAUGAGACAUAUUCCAUAUUAUCCUCAUUCUUACUUACACAAUAUUUGCAUUUUUCUUCUCCUGAAUUUUCUCAGUUGCAGCUGUAUGUUCAGGUUUAUCCCAGAUAUGUAUCUGUCAAGGUGUUUGUAUUUUCUUGGCUACCCCUUCCUUUUUAGAUCUCAAGCUUCCCAGAGGUGUUUGCACAACCAACUGAUGCUUGGAAUUAUCAAGACAGGAAUGCUGUAAAACCAACCCUGAAGUGAAGCAUGCCCCAAGCCUCCAGUCAGUUACGUGAUUUCAGUUUCAUAAUGCCAUUGAAAAGUAUUGAAUUUACUUUAAAUGCCUUAUAAAAUAUUAUGAAGUCCAUCUUUGCUGGUCUUUUAGCAGCUCGUGAAAUUUCAUUCCUUAUUAAAUUUUUUUGCUUCCAUUUAUUAACUUCUGUUAUGAAAGCUUCUUGAUUAAUAUUUGGAGCUCUGAGGUUUUACAGAUCUACACUGCUGUGUGUAUUGUAUUGCAGUCAUUUCAUUAAGGGAGCCAGACAGGGUAACUUAAGAAAUGUAAAUUAAUGACUUAUUAGACCAUUUUUAUUUUAAGAAGUGCAGAACUGCAAAUACACCAGAAAACAUGAAUGUAUUAAUUUUGCCUGAUAGCCUCUUGAUUGCACUGUGCUAAAAGGGAAGAGAGUUUUACCAUUUUUUUGCUUAUGUUGGAUAAGACUUCCUGAAAAGCUACUUUUGGGGGGGAUUAUUUGAAUGGUUGAGUUUAGGGGGUUUUGCAUGCUUGAAUAUUUGGGGGGAAAAGAGAGGACUUUUUUCUCAUGCUAAUUUUUUUCCACAUAGGGCUUGAAUUCUCACGAAAGAACUGCCUGCCCCUGGAUCCACACCUGUGUCCCAAGCCACAGGGUGACACCCUGAGUCGGGGGCUGUCUCCAGGUGCCCCCAGCCUGCCCAGCAGCCUGGACACCUGGAGAACUCCACAGCUCCCUGGCCUAAGCCCUCAGGAUGUUUUUGGGGCCUCAAGAGACAAGAGGGCUGCUGUGAUCAUGGCAGGAUAUUCACUGUGUAAAUGAGACCAGAUGGGAGGAUGAGCACAUCUUAUGCAGAUCAUAAGCUGUUUUCCCUUGAGCUAACUGGAUGUGAAUUAAAACAGAUCCAGGAAAACCCUUGUUGGUGAGGGGAAAAGCAGCAUGUUAGUGAAGAUGGACAACCCAUGUGCCUUCAGCAGAGAGAAAAAGGGUGUGUACUUUUUCCUGGAGUGAGAACUCCAGGAAAGAAAAACAAGAACUAGCUUCACCCUGCCAAUAUUUCUAAAAAUGAGAAAAGAGGAGCAGAAGUGAGCAAUGUGUCAGUCUUCGACACUGACUUACAAACGGGGACUUGACCUGCAGAGUGCUGGGUGAAGGGUGGGGAUCCAGGGUCUCACAGGAGCUCUGCAGGGAGUGAAUCACAACCUGAGCAUGAGUCAACAGAACCUAGCUGUUGUGAAAAUGUUAAAUGUCAACACAGGAGUGUUUACACAGAGCUGUAACUUAUAAAAUGCAUGAAGCAAUCCUUCAGCUGCACUCAGCACUCAUAAGGCCUCAGUUACAGCUGUGUGUCAAAUGUUGAGCAAUUUUUUUCCUCUUCAAGGGAAACAUAGUGUAACUGGGUGGCAGCCAAGCAGAGAGAAUCAAGCAGAGAGAAUUGGAAGAACCUGUCCUGUCAUCACAGGUCACAGAUUUUGUAGCAUUCAGUAUGAACAUCAGAAGACCAAAGAGAACACAGAAAUUCAGUUUUCUGUAAGAAGCAUAUUUUGCAAAGAAGAAGGAUUUUAUCCAUAUAAGUAGGACAACAAUAGUCGACUUAAUUGAAGCUUGAGAGAAUUAGGUUAGAUAUUGGGAAAAACAUUCUAGUCACAGGUUUGGUUACUGGGAGGGAGUGAUGGUCUGAAGAAGCUGUAAAAACCUCUGAGAGAUUUUUAAAGACUGUUUUAAGUAGAGGCCAGGAAAACACUGGGGGAGAUGGACAGUGUGAACUUUGGGGCCCCUUCUCAUUCUGUCUCUGCAUGAUUCCCAGCUUGUGAGAACUAUACUUGGCUGAUGCCCAGUUUUGCCCAUAGACUAAUUCCAAACUGAUAGUACUGGCACAGUGGUCAGCGCUCAUCCAAACCAGAGCCAGAAAUACUCUCUAUUCCACCAACAGCAGCUUUCAUGUAGCGUGGGCUGAACUCCAAUAAAAUCCUGUGAAUUAAA